GGAGUGAGGAGUUCAUGAGAGACGUACUCUGUGAUUCACUGUACUCCAGCCCACAGUGGGCGUUGCUUAUCAACCCCUUUGAAAGGUGUGGCGACUUUUUACGCGUUUGUGAAAUUCGUUCUCAGACUUCAAUCUUCUCCUUGUUUCUUGUGUAAAACGCCUCCCUUAAACCACCAGAAUGUCUGUUUGGGAUGACUUGGACCUGCUCUUAGACAACCCCUCUUCACUGACUGUGACAUCCAGUGCAAGAGGAACUGUGAAGGACAAGGCAAAUUUCAAAGUGGAUGAAGAUGUGUCUGCUCUCAGGAAGGCCAUAGAGGGCCUUGGUACAACAGAAAAGACUCUGAUUGAUGUGUUGACCCAAAGAAGCAGUGCUCAGCGUCAGCUCAUCGCCAAGGCUUAUGAGAAAGCCACAGGAAGGACAUUAAUAGAUGACCUGAAGGGUGACACUCGUGGAGACUUUGAAGACGUGUUAGUAGCCUUGGUAACGCCUCCUGCUCUCUAUGACUGCCAGGAAGUCAUCAAAGCUAUGAAGGGUGCAGGGACCACAGAAAGCACUCUGACAGAAAUAUUUGCUUCGAGAUCCAACAAGCAGAUCCGAGAACUGUCUGAAGCAUACCUAGCAAAAACGGGAAGAGCGAUGAUUCACGACCUGCAGUCGGAGGUAUCUGGAGAUUAUGGAAAAGCACUGCUGAUCUUGGCCGAGGGGAAGAGAGAUGAGACCACCAGCGUGGAUGCUGCCAAAGCAAAAGCUGAUGCUAAGGCCUUGUAUGAAGCAGGAGAGAAGAAGUGGGGAACUGACGAGGGGAAGUUUAUUGACAUCCUGUGCCACAGAAGUGUUCCCCAGCUCAGGCAAACUCUGAUUGAGUACAAGAAUAUUAGCAAGAAGACUCUGCAGGAGAGCAUUAAGAGCGAGAUGUCUGGAAACCUGGAGAAACUACUUGUGGCUGUUGUUAAGUGUGUGCAGAACGUCCCAGCAUACCUCGCUGAGAGGCUUUUCAAGAGCAUGAAGGGUGCAGGGACCACAGAGUGCACUCUGACCAGGAUAUUCGUCAGUCGCUCAGAGAUCGAUUUGAUAGACAUCAAAGUAGAGUACAAGAAGCUGUUUGGAUGUUCCCUCUACAGUCAGCUAGAGUCUGAAGUGUCCGGUGAUUAUGGAAAAACACUCAAGUGUCUGUGUGGCCAAGACGAAUAACUCGUACCAGCUCCUUUGUUGGGUCGUUCAGCUUUACAUCACAGCAGCUAUGAUGACCUGUUCCUGACGUAGCGACCAGCUACUUAUCUCAAGAAUAACUGCAUACUGAUAUGAUUGAUUGAACUAGUUAGGAAAUGUAACUAAUUUUCAUGAAGUUAUUAAACCCAAUAAUAGCGCUUAAAUGUCUGAUAUCUGUUAACUUCACUUUUCUUUUAUACACACAAAUAUCUGUCAUAACUUUUGCAUUUAAUAAAAACAAAAGAUGAGAACAC